GGGCUUUCUGUGCGGGUAAUUCAACCGAUGGUGACUGGACACUAACAACUUAAAAUUGCGUGACCUUACGAUGUAAAAAUAUCAAAAGUCUUGUAGCAACAGCAGAUUACAUUUAUUGCGUGACCUGCAGUUGUCCUGUGGAAUUUUCGUGAUUGAAGCGUGUUAAAUAGGAAGACGACAGAACUGAGAACUUUGAUAGUAAUAUAAAACUUACUUACUGCCCAUCCCGCCGGUAUGGCACGUGCAGUCGGCAGUUAUAUAACAGAUUCAUUGUAAUGUUAGUCGACCACGCACUUUCUACGCAAUGGCACGGAAUUAAACCCAUGAAUUAGUGCUCAGUUCAAUUCUGAAAUAUUUCCAACUCCAUUGUAUUGUCCGAGGUCAUGGCAACUUUUAAAAUUGUGCAGGAAACCGAGGAUAGCUGGACCGGCCCGGAAGUGGCGAUUAUACACGGUGUCAAAAUCCCGACAGCACAAUUGGACCCAAGCUUUAGAGAGGAGGAUCUUGAUCACUUUCAAACGAGAAAGGACGAUGUGUUUGUAGUCUCCUACCCAAAGUCAGGAACGACCUGGAUGCGAGAGCUGUUAUGGCAGAUUCACAACGAUGGCGCUGUCAGCGAAGAAAAUAUUGGAAGUCGAGUUUUCUGGUUCGAAAAUCAUCCUGUACUGCGCAAGCGUGAACCUGACAAUCCUGAGUCGUCACCAGACUCCAAGCCCGUCAUCGAGCUUCUCCCCAGGCCCCGUCUGUUGUCAACACAUCUGCCUUAUGACGUGAUUCCCAAAGGCAAAGACGACACCACGACUUGCAAGUACAUUUACAUCGCAAGAAAUCCUAAAGAUGCUGCAGUUUCCAUCUACCACUUCUUGUUAUUUUUUCCUGAAAUGGGCGAGUUCACGUGGGAUCUAUGCCUGAAGUUAUUUCUUCAAGGAAGACUUGUUUACAAUUUGUGGACUGACCAUGUUCUUGGAUGGUGGAAGCACAGGGACGAUCCUAACGUGUUGUUUCUAAAGUAUGAAGACUUGAAAAAGGACUUGUUAUCCAGUGUCAAAGCUGUUGCCGAAUUUCUCAGCAAACCUUUGUCUGAAGAAGUCAUGCAAAGGAUUGCACACCAAUGCUCGUUUGAGGAGAUGGCUAAACACCCGAAUACCUAUAAAGUGUUUCCGAAACUCGAGCUUAGUUACUUACGGAAGGGUGAUGUCGGCGACUGGAAGACCCACUUUACACCGGAAAUGAGCGAAAAAUUUGAAACCGAGUUACUUGCGAAGGUUAGAGAGCAAGGACUCGAAUUUGAUUAGUGGCAAUUUAGAAUAAAUUCAUUUUGAUAAUUGAUGAUGAACGUUAAUUUGAAUGAAAGUGAACUAUGUUAACCACAGAAUUCAACAGUCAGACUACACUUUCUAUGAGUUUAUAGAAGUAAUAACCCACGCGGAAAUGUUGGGAGAACACGAGAAAAGCUUGUAAAUAACGAGCCGUCAGGCGAGUGAUCUACAAGCUUUUCGAGCGUUCUCCCAGCAUCCCAAGCGGGUUAUUGCCCCUAUAAACCCAUAGCUAUAGCUAUAGGAAUAUGAAUAUGAGAUUUGUUAGUAUUUUACUCAAAAUGCGAACAAUUUGAACUGCUUAUUAUAUAUGAUCAAUCAAGAAAAAGCCAAUCGCCAAAUAAAUUCGAUGAAUACAA